AUGUCUUCUUCCGUGACGACGCACACACUGGGCUUUCCACGUGUAGGCGUGCAACGGGAGCUGAAGAAGACUCUCGAGUCUUACUGGCGAGGCGACUUGACAGAGGCUGCGCUGCGCCAGGUUGGUAGUAAGCUCCGAAAGCGGCACCUGCAGGAGCAGAGCGAGAGGGGUGUGUCCCUUCUCCCUGUCGGAGACUUUGCGUGGUACGAUCAUGUGCUGACGACCACUCUGAUGCUGGGCAAUGCACCUCUGCGUCACUGUGCUAACGGGGAUGCCACUGUCAACCUCGACACCCUCUUCCGCGUGGCCCGCGGUCGCGCGCCAACCGGCGCUCCCGCGGCGGCGUCUGAAAUGACGAAGUGGUUCAAUACGAACUACCACUACAUUGUGCCAGAGUUCACGAGUGCGUCUGCGGAGUUCAGCGUCUCUUGGCCGCAGCUCUUCGAGGAGGUUGAGGAGGCGAAGGAGCUUUUCGAUGCGAAGCGCCUGAAGCCGGUACUCCUCGGCCCCGUGACGUACGUGUACCUGGGCAAGGUGAAGGGCGAGGAAUUGUUUGAUCGUGCAUCCCUGCUUCCGAAGCUCGUGCCGGUGUACGCGGGUAUUCUCAAGCGCCUGGCGGCCUUGGGUGUGGAGUGGGUGCAGGUCGAUGAGCCGGCGCUUGUGCUGGAGCUCGAGUCGAGCUGGAGGAAUGCUUACCAGGAGACGUAUCGCAACCUGCGCGCCGCGGUUGGCACUGACGUGAGGCUGCUGCUGACAACCUACUUUGAGGACGUAUCGCAUCACCUCUCGCUCAUUGCCACCUUGCCGGUGAAUGGGCUCCAUGUGGACCUGAGCGCGCAGACUCAGUCAGUUCUUGCGGUGGAGCGUGCGCUACCGGCGGACUGGGUCCUUUCUGCCGGCGUGGUAAACGGGCGAAAUGUGUGGCGCUCGAAUCUGCUGGACGCCUACCAACUGCUUGCAUCUCUGCGGAAGCAGUCCCCGGACCGUGCUGUGUGGAUCGGCACAUCAUGCUCCCUCCUGCACUCCCCCAUCAACCUGGAGUGUGAGACGGGCCUCGAUCCGGAGGUGAAGGAGUGGCUUGCGUUUGCGCUGCAGAAGUGCGGUGAACUAAAGCUGCUGGCGGACGCCGUCGUCACUGGAAGUGAGGCCGCUGUGGCGGAGUACAGCGCCCCUCUCCGUGCUCGACAGGACACGGAGCGCGUAGUGCGCAUGGCGGUGCGCGACCGCGUGGCGGGCCUGACCGCCGCCGACGCCUCUCGUCUCGACCCCUUCCCACAGCGCUGGCUCGUGCAGCAGGAGAAGCUGAACCUGCCCCUGUGGCCCACCACCACCAUCGGCUCCUUUCCGCAGACAGCCGAGUUGCGCGCGCAGCGCCUGGCGCACAAGAAAGGCCGCGUGGGCAAGGAGGCGUACGAGUCGCAGCUCAAGGAGCACAUCGCGUACGCCAUCAAGCAACAGGAGGACAUCGGCCUCGACGUCCUCGUCCAUGGUGAGGCGGAGCGUAACGACAUGGUGGAGUACUUUGGCGAGCUGCUCGAGGGCUUCGCCUUCACGGAGAACGGCUGGGUGCAAAGCUACGGGUCGCGCUGUGUGAAGCCGCCGAUCAUCGUCGGCGAUGUCUGGCGUCCGCACCCGAUGACGGUCUCAUGGGCUGCCUACGCGCAGUCCUUGACGUCUCAGCCCGUGAAGGGCAUGCUCACUGGCCCAGUCACGAUUCUCUGUUGGUCGUUCGUUCGCGAGGACUUGCCGCGAGAGAAGGUGACGGAGCAGCUGGCGCUCGCAAUCCGUGACGAGGUGUGCGACCUCGAGCGCGCCGGCAUCUCCGUGAUCCAGGUGGACGAGCCGGGACUGCGUGAGGGGCUGCCGCUGCAGCGGAGCAAGUGGGGCGAGUACCUGGACUGGGCCUCACGCUGCUUCCGCGUGAGCACGUCGGGUGUUGCCCUGCAGACACAGAUUCACACACACAUGUGCUACGCGGAGGUGAACGACGUCAUCCACACCAUCGCGGCCAUGGAUGCCGACGUGAUUUCCAUUGAGGCUUCUCGUUCAGACAUGGAGCCACUCACUUCGUUCGCCGACUUUACCUACCCGAACUGCGUCGGCCCGGGGGUGUACGACAUCCACAGCCCUAACAUCCCCACCAUCCAGUCGAUUGUCGACUUGCUGCUCAGGGCGACGCAGCACAUCCCUGUCCGGCAGCUAUGGGUGAACCCCGACUGCGGUUUGAAGACUCGUACCUGGGAUGAGUGCCGCGCGGCGUUGCACAACAUGGUCGCCGCCGCCACUGAGUUGCGCCGCAUCAAGCCACAGUGA